GCGGGCACCGAGUCGUCUGGCAAGACUGCGGGCACCGAGUCGUCUGGCGGAACAGCGGGCACCGAGUCAACUGGCGGAACAGCGGGCACCGAGUCGUCUGGCAAGACUGCGGGCACCGAGUCGUCUGGCAAGACUGAGGGCACCGACUCGUCUGGCAAGACUGAGGGCACCGAGUCGUCUGGCAAGACUGCGGGCACCGAAUCACCAGGCACGACAGUGGGCUCUGACUCAAUUGGCAUGACAGCGGGCACCGGGUCAUCAGGUACCGGAUUGUCUGGCUCGACAGCGGGCAUCGGGUCACCAGGCAUCAGGUCAUUUGGCUCGCCAGCGGGCACCGCGUCAUCUGGCAAGGCAGUGGGCACCGAGUCACCAGGUACGACAGCGGGCUCUGAGUCAAUUGGCACGACAGCGGGCACCGGAUCAGGUACCGGAUCAUCUGGAUCAACAGCGGCAUCGAGUCAACUGGCCUAAUAGGAUCGUCAGGCUGGAUCAGUUCAUCAUGCUGGGUAGAGGGCAUCAGGCUGAAUGGCAGGCGUCCGGCUGAAGGCAUCAGGCCAGGC